AUGGCUGCUUCUUUCUUACCCACACCGACUAUCCCAGGAGCGGAGCACCGCCCGGCGACCAACAAAGCAGGUACGCUGAUCUUCAGCUACACCUGCGUCGGCCUCACGGGCACAGCGCUCUUCGCCGUUCUCUUCUUCUACUGCUACCGCGAGUUGUUGCGCAGACGAGCGCCAGUCAUCGCCGCCGGAGCAGAGAGCAAUCCAGGGCCAGAAGGCCACCAUAUCGGCGUUGACAUCACCAAGCUUCCUGAGUACGCGUACACUCAGUCGUCGAGGCGCAGGGGCAACGGCGACGGGGCCCAGUGCUCCGUGUGCCUCGGCACGGUGCAGGCCGGCGAGAUGGUGCGGCGGCUGCCCCUGUGCAAACACCUGUACCACGUGGAGUGCAUCGACAUGUGGCUGGCGUCGCACGCAACGUGCCCACUCUGCCGGUCUGACGUCGAACCGCCGGGGGAAGCGUCGACGGAGCCGCCAGAGACUCUGCCAGUGUAA